AUGAUGGAGAUGUUUGAAACCAAUCCCUUUUACUGUCACGAUCAGCGAUAUCUGGUUGGUGAGAGUAUGGUCUUUACACAUUUGGAUGGGACUGCCGUAUCCCCUCUGUACCCGGGAAGCGAGGACGGUCUGUCUCCCGUCGGAGAGGCUGGCCAAGCUGAGCCCAGCUGUGACAGCGGCGGCGAGGAACACGUGUAUGCACCGCCGGGCCUGAAGUCCCACUGUCCCGGACAGUGUCUGAUCUGGGCGUGCAAAGCGUGCAAGAGGAAAUCGGCCACUACCGACAGAAGGAAGGCGGCGACUCUCAGGGAGAGGAGGAGGCUCAAGAAAAUCAACGAGGCUUUCGAGGCGUUAAAGCGCAGGACGGUGCCAAACCCUAACCAGAGGCUUCCCAAAGUGGAGAUUCUCCGCAGCGCCAUUCACUACAUCGAAAAACUACAAGAUCUGUUGCAAAGCCUUGACCAGCAGGAGAAGCUGCCCGAGAACGUGGAGUCGAUCAACGCUUGCAACGGCUCGCAUUCAAUGGUAGACACUGCGGAUCGCUGGGGAACAAACACCUGUCCUUCUGGAUGGGGAAACUUGUCUGAUCAUUCCAACACCUCAAAUAAACUGCACAAAGAAGGAAAUAACUUGGAAUCAUCCGGAAGCAGCAGUCUUCGUUACCUAACCUCAAUAGUAGACAGUAUUUCAACGGACGAAUCGACUACACUAUACAACCAAGACUCAACUGCAAAGUAA